AUGGCACCACCAUAUCUCAGCAAGUGUAAGAACUGUGGGCGCGAUGCAACAAUGAAAUGCGCUGGGUGUACAGAAGCUCCAGCCUACUCGCCUGGAGACUCCAUCGACAGCAUAUACUGUAGUCGCGAAUGCCAAAAGAGUGACUGGUUGCCGCACAAAGCUCAUUGCCACGCAUUAGGAAAACGAAAAAAGCUUUUUCGAACUGCCCAACUACUCAAGACCGCCUUCUUGACCUACCGAGAGGUCGGGUACGAUCUUCACCUCACAAAAAUUGAGUUAAAAAAUGGGGUACUUUGUCUUCACCAGAAAUUGAGAGCCUCUACAGCAAGGGCAGAGCGAGCUCUCUUUCCAACCCAUCUCACCACCAACCCUGAACACAAGGAAGCUGCUCUUGCGAAGAAUUCAUGUACAACGGCCACGGCACUCUUGAGUUCUCUUACGAGGAACUUGCUUGAAGGUAAGAAGGCUCCCAAGAACCAGGAUCGACGAAGCUAAAGCUUGAUUUUCUGUCAUAGGGGUGACCUCAACUAUCGAAGUGUUAGACUUGCAAAUCGGAAAACCUUUGAUUCCAACAAGGCUCGUUCCGGGAGAUGGCCCAGACUGCACCAUCUGCCCACACACAAUCUUGAAAGUCCGGCCGCGGGGCUCCAGCGAAACGUGGAUUAUCGAUACAGCAGGCUGUCAAUAUGGGUUUAGGGAUGUUCUGAUUCCCUAUGAAAAAUAUUUGACGGAGAGAUCUUGUAAGAUAUCGGGCAAAGAUCCCGAACCUUAUGAUUGGACCGUGACGAAAGACUUGGAUUUCUUUGAUACUAUCCCUUUCAUGAAUACUACGCAUGCGCAGAAAGUGGAUAGGGGGCUGGAGCGAGAAGCUCGCUUGCACUUUGCUAUCUUCGUUAACACGCACGUUACGAAGGAUAUACUCAAUGGAUCGGCGGCAGAGUUUGCGAGGAAACUUGAGGGCUUUGUACAGGGUUUGGAGGUUCAUAUGAAAAGCUUUUCUAGCUGA